GGAGCGGGGCGGGGGAGGGAGGAGCCAGAGCGGCCGCCGCCUCUGCCGGAGGAGCCGCGGGGCCGCCACACUCGCCCCCCGCCCCCCCCCGCGCUCACUCGCACUCACACCCGGGCGCUGGAGGCGGGCGGCCCGGGCCCCACCGGCCCCCCAUGGACGCCCCCGGCUCGGGGCGCUAGGACCCCCGCGGUCGCUCACCCAAGCCCCGGUCCAGCGCACCACGCCGAGGGAUCUCUGGACAGGACAAGAGUCCGAAGUUACUUCCCCAACCACCUAGCCCAGGACCUCCUAAGCAGAUCCAGCUUGCCCCCAGCCCUCUCUCCUGCCACUCCCUGGCCCCUCCCACCACCUGCCCCCCCCCCUUGGGGAGCAGGGCAUGGUGUGAAAGGCCAAGUGCUGAGGGAGGUACCAUGGGUGCUGUGCCCUAGGGCCUGGGUAGUGGGGGGUGGGUGGCUGUGGGUGUGCCGGGGGGGCCAGUGUGCCCACCCCAGUCUCUUGGCGUGCUGGAGGGCAUCCUGGAUGGAAUUGAAGUGAAUGGAACAGAAGCCAAGCAAGGUGGAGUGUGGGUCAGACCCAGAGGAGAACAGUGCCAGGUCACCAGAUGGAAAGCGAAAAAGAAAGAACGGCCAAUGUUCCCUGAAAACCAGCAUGUCAGGGUAUAUCCCUAGUUACCUGGACAAAGACGAGCAGUGUGUCGUGUGUGGGGACAAGGCAACCGGUUAUCACUACCGCUGUAUCACUUGUGAGGGCUGCAAGGGCUUCUUUCGCCGCACAAUCCAGAAGAACCUUCAUCCCACCUAUUCCUGCAAAUAUGACAGCUGCUGUGUCAUUGACAAGAUCACUCGCAAUCAGUGCCAGCUGUGCCGCUUCAAGAAGUGCAUCGCCGUGGGCAUGGCCAUGGACUUGGUUCUAGAUGACUCGAAGCGAGUGGCCAAGCGCAAACUGAUUGAGCAGAACCGGGAGCGGCGGCGGAAAGAAGAGAUGAUCCGGUCAUUGCAGCAGCGACCAGAGCCCACUCCUGAGGAGUGGGAUCUGAUCCACGUUGCCACAGAGGCCCAUCGCAGCACCAAUGCCCAGGGCAGCCAUUGGAAGCAGAGGCGGAAAUUCCUGCCCGAUGACAUUGGCCAGUCACCCAUAGUCUCCAUGCCGGAUGGAGACAAGGUGGACCUAGAGGCCUUCAGUGAGUUUACCAAGAUCAUCACCCCGGCCAUCACCCGUGUGGUGGACUUUGCCAAAAAACUGCCCAUGUUCUCCGAGCUGCCUUGCGAAGACCAGAUCAUCCUCCUGAAGGGGUGCUGCAUGGAGAUCAUGUCCCUGCGGGCAGCCGUCCGCUAUGACCCCGAGAGUGAUACCCUGACACUGAGUGGGGAGAUGGCCGUGAAGCGGGAGCAGCUCAAGAAUGGUGGCCUGGGCGUAGUCUCUGAUGCCAUCUUUGAACUGGGCAAGUCACUCUCUGCCUUUAACCUGGAUGACACGGAAGUGGCUCUGCUGCAGGCUGUGCUGCUAAUGUCAACAGAUCGCUCGGGCCUGCUGUGUGUGGACAAGAUCGAGAAGAGUCAGGAGGCGUACCUGCUGGCGUUCGAGCACUACGUGAACCACCGCAAACACAACAUUCCGCACUUCUGGCCCAAGCUGCUGAUGAAGGUGACUGACCUCCGCAUGAUCGGGGCCUGCCACGCCAGCCGCUUCCUCCACAUGAAAGUCGAGUGCCCCACCGAACUCUUCCCCCCACUCUUCCUCGAGGUCUUUGAGGAUCAGGAAGUCUAAAGCCUCAGGCGGCCAGAGGGUGUGCGGAGCUGGUGGGGAGGAGUCUGGAGAGAAGGGGUAGAGCUGGGGACUGAGAGAGACCUCCCACCUCUUCUCUCCUUCCUCCCAUCCUUGGAUAGAUGCAGCUCCCACAUAACCCCUGCACUGCCCAGAUCCCCCUCAGAACCUCCAUAGCCCUGAGACAGGGCAAACAAAUGAACUUGCUAUGAGGACAGUAUGGGAGGCUGGGCCCCGUGUCUUGCAGUUCCCAGAACCCCAUCCUCUAAGAAGGUAGGGGAAGGGAAAACAGAGAGACAGGCCAUCUUGACCGUAGGGAAAGGAGAAAUGAGGGUUGGGGGCAGAUGCCCCCACUCAGUCCCCUACACAUAUACAAGAGAGCCCCAACCCAGUUCCUUGGCCUAGUUUUCCCCUCCAGGCGAAGGGCCUCUACUUCCCCAGAUGCCUGGAUGGCAAAGGACAGCUUGGCUUGGCUCCUCCCCUGGAGGCUAAAAAUGAUAAGUCAUCCUAACUGCACUUUGGAAACCAAGCAAGGGGAGAAGAUACAUGAAGAAAAACUAGACAGAGGAUAAGGAGAAAAAGAAAAAAAAGAAAAAAAAACAGA